AAGCGGGCGGAGUCUGUUGUUUGUGUACAAGGGAAAGCGGAAGUUAGCGGUAGCUGCUUGCAUGGACUCUAAAAACAAAAGAAUAUCACAGUGAAGGGUUAGUUUACUAAACAUAUACCGAUGUUUCGCCACCUUCGCAUGUUUUUUAAAUGCUAAAUGUAUAUUUCCCUUCUUAGAGAAUUUGUAACAACCGCGAUUAGGGAGGAAGUAACGCAUCAGUAAUGUCGGCUAAAAUAAACGCAACUAAUAGCAGCGGAGAACUUAUUAAAAACUAUCAUAAACAGGCGUUUGAGUAUAUUUCGAAGGCACUGAGGAUCGACGAGGAUGAUUCAGUGGCUAAGGGAGAAGCUGUGCAGUGGUACAAGAAAGGAAUCGCUGAGCUUGAAAAGGGUAUCGCCAUAGAGAUUACUGGAACAGAUGAUCGAUCAAAGAGGCUGCAAGAUAAAAUGGUUACCAAUCUCACCAUGGCGAAAGACAGGCUUGCUUUGUUAGAGGCCACAUUGGCAUCUAAAAGCAAAAACAAUCCUCUGUCUGGCUCAAGCCUCCCUAAGCCUAAAAGCCAGCCUUCAGCUUCAGGGUUGUCCACUAACUUUAGGCCCUCCACUGCUGCCAGACCAUCACCAAGACCUGCUGAUGCAAAGGUGAACCCCAGGAUGGGAAAAGUCCCAAAUGGAAGACCUGUGAAGCAACCCCCAAAGAGGGACAUGAAACACUUCAAAAAUGUGGACAGCAAGCUGGCCAGCUUGAUUCUUAAUGAAAUAGUUGACAGGGGAGCGUCUGUAUCUUUUGAAGACAUUGCUGGACAAGAUCUAGCUAAACAAGCACUCCAAGAAAUUGUGAUCCUUCCUUCCUUAAGACCGGAGCUGUUUACAGGUCUGAGAGCACCUGCACGUGGUUUGCUUUUAUUUGGCCCACCUGGAAAUGGAAAAACCAUGCUGGCCAAAGCAGUCGCUGCAGAGUCUAAUGCUACUUUUUUCAACAUUAGUGCAGCUAGUUUGACAUCUAAAUAUGUAGGAGAGGGCGAGAAGCUUGUACGAGCUCUCUUUGCAGUUGCAAGAGAACUGCAGCCUUCAGUCAUCUUUAUUGACGAAGUGGACAGCUUACUCUGUGAGAGGAGGGAGGGGGAACACGAUGCCUCUCGUCGCUUAAAGACAGAGUUCCUCAUCGAAUUUGAUGGGGUGCAGUCAGGAGGGGAUGACAGGGUUCUGGUCAUGGGAGCAACUAACAGGCCUCAGGAGCUUGAUGAAGCAGUCCUAAGGCGCUUUGCAAAAAGGGUGUAUGUCGCUCUGCCAGAUGAGAAGACGAGACUCACUCUGAUGACAAACCUUUUGGGCAAACACGGGAAUCCACUGAGCUCGAGCGAGCUGUCUUGCCUCGCAAAAGCGACUGCAGGAUAUUCAGGAAGCGACCUGACGUCAUUGGCCAAAGAUGCAGCUCUUGGUCCUAUUAGAGAGCUGGGACCAAACCAAGUCCGCAACAUGUCAGCUAGUGAGAUGCGUAACAUCAAGAUGAAAGACUUUGAGGAUUCCCUGAAGCGCAUUAAGCCCACCGUUAGUCCCUCUACUCUAAAUAUGUAUAGCAAAUGGAACAAAGAUUUCGGCGAUACGACAGCUUUUUGAACUUUGCUUUUUACUUGAAAAAUAAAAUAAAAUAAACGUUUCUUUAGUUAAACUGAGUGAAACUAUCAAAGCACUUCUCUUUUUGUUGGGUGUGGCUAUAUUAUAUGAAAAAAAUGUGACAUUUGGGAUUAUUAUAGGAAAAUUUCCUGUUUUAUGGAAAGGUUUUCCUUUGUCAGUUCUUACAAACAAAUGUAAUCGCACUCCUUAUUCGUCUUCUUGCUCUGUAAAAAUCUGUUAUUUAUUCUUUAAAAAAUGCAAGUUCUGCAAAUUUGAAUGAAUUUCCAUUAUUUCUCUAAAUGGAGAAUAAAAGUACAUUUAUACACAA